AUGCCGCCAAAGAAGGCCCAGAAGGCCCAGAAGGACGCGGAAAAGAAGAAGAACGCCAAGAAGGUGCAGAAGCAGCUAGAAGAUAAGACUUUUGGCUUGAAAAACAAGAACAAGUCGAAGAAGGUGCAGCAGUAUGUGAACCAGGUCACUGCGCAGGCUGCAGACAAGAAAGCACAGGCUAUGGCCAAGCAGCGUGCUGCCGAGAAGAAGGCUGCCGAGGAGGCUAAGAAGGAGGCUGCCAAACUGCUCCAGUCCUCGAUCCCCACGCAAAAAGUGCCGUUUGGAGUGGAUCCAAAGUCGAUCCUCUGUGAGUUUUUCAAAGCGGGAGCAUGCACCAGAGGCAAGAACUGUAAAUUUAGUCACGAUCUUGCUGUUGGCCGGAAGGCUGCCAAGAGGGACCUUUACUCGGACGACAAGGACGAGGAGAAGAGAAACGACACAAUGGACAACUGGGACGAGGAGAAGCUCAGAAAGGUGAUUUUGUCGAAGCAUGGAAACCCAAAGACCACCACAGACAAGGUGUGCAAGCAUUUCAUUUCUGCGGUCGAGGACGGCAAGUAUGGAUGGUUUUGGACGUGUCCGGACUCUGACCCCAAGCAGGGCAAGGAGUGUAAGUACAGACACUCGCUUCCGCCAGGCUUCGUGCUCAAGACUAAGGAGCAGAGACGGCUAGAGAGAAUGGCGUUGGAGGCACAGCCUAAGAUCACGCUGGAAGAUUUCAUAGAGACGGAGAGAGACAAGCUGCCACGAGACAAGCUGACGCCAAUCACUCCAGCUACGUUUGCAGAAUGGAAGAAGAAACAUACACAGGAAAAAGAGAAGCAGAGCGAGACGGCCAAGAAGGCCCUCACAGGAAGAGAGAUUAUCAUCAAGAAGUUUGCAGACAAGUUCUACAAGGAGGAAGAUACGGGCGAGAAGGGCACGGAGAUUGACAUGUCGCAGUUCCGUGUUGCUCUUGACGAGGUGGAGCACGAGAACAUUAAGGACUACGGAGAUGGAAAGAAUGCAUUUUUUGAGGAAAAUAAUGCAAGUUAAUUGGGUGGAUCGCCUAUUUGGCUCUCUUGAUGGCGCUAAACGAAGCAUCCAUCACGUCCGCGGCGUCCCACCAGAACCGGAAAUCGACCUCUGGCGGAUACUCGCUCACAACAUGGUACACGCGCUCUUUCCACAGUUCCUUUUUCCGAUCAAAAGUGUACUCAUCCGAGGGGCUUUCUGCUUGCUGCUGCGAGUUCGAGAAGCUUUUGGUUGGCGAGUGUGGCGCGUAGCGCAUAGAGUCCGUCGGGCGACGCGGAACUGGGGGUGGUGACGGCGACGGCGACUUGGUGUUCGAGAGACUGUUGUCACUCCUCAUGUAGCUGCGCUUGGGGAGCGGUGGUGUAUCCAAGGGUAUAUAGUCUGCGGAAUGCGAGAGCGUGUUGGAUAUUUGAGUCUUGAUGAACUCCCGAUGGAGUUUAGGGGACCGUAGUGUAUCUCUGUAGGAUCUGUGGUCUUUGGAGGAGUCUGUCGAUCUUAACGGUUCUCCCUGUAACACCUUUGGCUUUGGAGGCGGGAUCGGCGAAAACUUCUUUUUUUUGGCAUCUGUGGCGGGAUUUCGAAGAGCCAGUACGCUCUGCAGUUCUUUCAACACCUUGACGUCAUCGCCGUUGGACGAAAAUGCACCGUUCAAAGCACGAAUAUAGACUGCAAGAACCUGCGUGGGGAAAAGCUUCACCAGUUGUGCAUAAGCCUCCACGUCCUGUUCUCCAGCGUCCCCGAUCAAAAUGAAUUUUCUAUUAGGGAAGUCCUUGAAUAAUUUGAUAAGCGAGUCUUUUUUCCGUUCUGCGGAGGGCAUUGUAAAAGAUGCUAUCAGGUUGCCUGAAUACUGACGCAGACUAAUGCUGUCGACCGGCAAGCCGACAUAAUCCAUGAAUCCAGACACUAUGUUGUAUAUCUGCCAUGGCGAGUUCGACACAUAAUGGAUUGGACAGUGAUAUUUAGAUUUUAGCUGUUGCAGCCAGUUAGCAACCCGCGGGAUCUCACAUUCACUAAACUCCUUGGCAAACACAUUUCUGAACAAUUCUCGCUUGUCGCCCAACACACCCGUAAUUCUGACCGUAUCAUCUAUGUCUGUAAUGACGCUCACUCCCUUCGACCCAAUCACAUUGGCUUCCUGUGUCUGAGUAAUGUUUGGGUUGUCCACAGACGAUACAGAGAUAAAAGACGGCUUGUAUGAUGAUGCCACCGAAAUAUUGAACGCACCAACGCUGUCGGAAUACAGAUUGGCACCCAGCAGCGAGUCCGUUUGGUCCUCCGAGUACAGAGUGAUGUUGAGUGGAGUCUUUGGGAUCGUUCUGGCCAUAAUUCCCUGCAUGCGGUCGCGGAUUGUAUCGUGGGCGGGAGAAGAGUCAGUAGUUUGUGACCCAGACGACACGGUCGAGGCAGUAUCGGAGUCGAGGCCUUUAGUGUCUGGGUGUGUCAAGGAGUCCUCCAAUUCCGUUUCUAUCUGGUUAACAGUAGAAGACGAGACGUUGGACUUGGACAAACGGUGUACCAGCGACAUCAUGAGCUUGUUUUUCCGAUUCAUCACUCCGGGACAAAAUAUACAGCCUGAAACGUCGGUGACGAAUUCGCCGUUCAUGUACCGGGUGUAGGUUCUAUAGAGCAGUAUCUGGGCAUCAUCAGGCACCUGUGCGGCCAAAUUGGCGGCCUGUUCCUCAUCGUAGAUGAAAUUCUGCUGGAUUGCGGUAGUGAUGCUCUUAAAAUACGGAGACUCCUUAGUACUCCUAAAAGCGUUCAUUAUUCGUUUUUUGCCCAUGUUGAAGACCGUACUCACCCGCUCUUCUUCACUAGGGGCCGGAGCAACCGGCUUGCGUGGAUUUUCCAUCAGCUUCCUGUAAAAAGCGGGAUCCACGUCCUUACGCAGUAGGAAGAAAAAGACCUUGUCCUUGCUGGAUCGCAGAAAUUUAUUAUUGAUAUAUCUGGCAAGAUUGUACCGGAGAGAUCGAUGCGGACGGUGGACAAGGCCUAGCUUGUGUUUGAUGCGUCUUAAGAAAUUCACGGUGG